AUGGCUGGAGAUGAUGACCUCCUUCAUGGCGAUGAGCUCUUUCAGAACAAACAUGCAAUUCGAGAGCUCGCCACCCGCCAGCUGUUGCACGCCUGGGAGCGCCAGAAGGACCGUCAUGGCGACCCAUUUCUUUGGGGUGACGAGAUCGAGUGUUUGCUUCUGCAUCUAGAGCAUGAUGGACGGUCUGUCAGUCUAGAGCAAGCGCCGUGGCAGCAGCUGGAGCGAGUGCAAUCAAAGCACCACGAUGACCCAUCUCUUCAGCCGGAGCUGGGUGCGUUUAUGCUGGAGACGACACCCUCGAGACCGUUUGGUAGCGAAGUGACGGACGUGUUGAAAUGGCAAGACGACCUCGCCAAACGUCGACGACUGGUAGACGCUGCCUUACCUCAGAACAGUCGCCUUGUAACUCUACCAUACUACCCUCGCUACGGUGCGGAAGAGGGGUCAAGGCGAAGGCCAUACUCGCCAGCUGUCGAGAAGAACCCGGUCACUUGGUCCAGUCUCGUGACGGAUGAGCAUAUUGCAUCCAACGCCCGCUAUCUGUCCAUUCUAGGGAACAUCGUGCAGAAGCGCGGCAAAAAGGUCGAGAUUCAUAUCCCACUGUAUCGUGAUGUCCGGACACCGUGGCCAUGGAAAGAUGCGAAGGAUGCACGCGUUCGCAAGAACUCUAUCUUCAUGGACUCGACGUUAUUCGGUGCAACCGGCUGCUCUCUACAAGUGACAAUGCAAGCCAAGAAUCUGAACGAAGCACGGCGACUGCAUGAUGGCCUAGUACCACUGGCGCCGGUGAUGCUCGCUCUCACGGCGGGCACACCGGUCUUUAGAGGACUGUUGGCAGACACAGAUACGCGUUGGGCUUGUUUCGAGCAGUCAGUCGACGACAGGAGUCCGGAGGAAGUUGAGUCAGGCAAGCCGGCUCGAUCACGAGUUUCGUCAUGUACAACGUAUAUCAGUCAAGAGGCAAACCAAUAUGAACAUUGUCACAUUCAGGACCUGGAACACGACCCAAAAGUCAAGAAAGCUCUCCAGGAUGGUGGCAUGGACGAGCUCAUGGCAAUACACUUCGCUUAUCUGCUUGCCAGGGAUCCGCUGUUCGCGUCCAGUCAGGAUCUAAAGUCAGCAGACAUUUCGAGGACUACAAUGUGCGAUGGCCUGCUGGCAGGGAUGUACCAGACUAUUCGCUUGAAGCCAGCAGAGAACGAGGGUGCCGGAUGGAGGGUCGAGUUUCGCCCCAUGGAAUCACAAGUGACAGAUUUUGAAAACGCGGCCUUUUGCGUAUUUGUCAUUUUGAUUGCGAGAAUGAUCAUUGAGUCUGGGCAUCAGUUUUAUGUACCUCUCCCGGACGUCGAGAAAGGUAUGGUGACCGCAUGCCAGCGCAACGCUGCUACCGAAGGCAGAUUUACGUUCAGGUGUAACAGCAUUGCUGAACCAACGUCUAGACCAGGUCUCCUGACUGCAAAUGAAAUCAUAUGCGGCAAACAAGGAGGCUUCGAAGGCUUGAUGAAGCUGCUGUCAAGGGGUGAGGCGAGCCAACACUUCUCCACUGAGCAGUGGGCGCAGAUCGAAAUUUACCUGCGGCUUGUGAUGCAGCGGACGACGGGAGCAGCUCCGACGACUGCAGCAUGGAUCCGCAGCCUCAUCGACAAGCAUGAGGCGUACAAGCAGGACAGCGUUGUGCCGGAUCGGGUGGUAUAUGAUCUGGUGCAGGAAUGCAUUCGGAGGAACGAGGUAGUUUGA